AUGACGAACAGGCUUCGCGCUCCCUCCGUCGACCGCAUCGACACGGACACGGAUCGGACGCCACUGUUGGCCGGGACACCCACCCCCACAGCCUCGAGCUCAACCCGCUCUCUAUCCCCCGGGUACACCACCACCCAAUCCACCACCCAAACCAUCACCAACGACGACGACGAUGACAAUGACAACGCCACCGACCACCCCUCCCCCCCCAACCACCUCCGCGCCCUCCUCCGGCCCCGCGUGAUCCUCCUCUCCAUCGCCCUAGUCUUCCUCAUCGAGCUGGCCAUCGGCAUGUCCGCCCCGUCCGCCAACGCCAUCAUGGAGAGCAUCAUCUGCCGCCAGAAGCACCCGGAGCUCUUCCCUCCCCGGAACGACAACUCCACCGGCGAUGUGCCCAUCCCGCCCACCAUCCCCAUCCCCAUCCAACCCAUCACCCCCCUCACCACACCACAGACGGGAAACCCCACCAAGACGCGACGCAUCGCCGGCGGCCUGAUCCUCGUCGACGACCCGGCCUGCAAGGGCGCCGACGUCCAGGGCUACCUGGCCAUGCUGCGCGGCUGGGCCAACACGUUUGAGUCGUUUCCGGGCAUUAUUGGGGCGGUGCCCUACGGGAUUUUGUCGGAUCGGUGGGGGAGGAGGCCGGUGUUGGGGUUGGGGGUGGUGGGAAUUGGUGGGGGCGUCGCCAUCGUUGUAGCCAUGCUGUACACCAUGGUUGCCGACGUUGUCCCAGCGCAUGAGCGCACGACCGUCUUCUUCCAGCUCAACGCUGUGUCCCUCGGCUCUCAGAUGAUUGCUGGGCCCCUCGGCGGCGCCAUGCUGAUCUGGGACGCGUGGGCCCCGUUGCUCGUCGCACUCGCCAUCUGGGUCUUCACCAACCUGAUGGUGCUGACCUUUCCGGAGACGGUCCGUGUCCAUGACCGGAAGAUGCCGCAGGGGGAAGAUCGCGGGGGCCACAACGACCUUCCCCGAAUGACCAAGCUCUGGCGGAAGGCGAGGGAGGGUACGGUUGAGGUGUGGGAUUUCGUGCUCGGUAACAAGAGCGUGUCUUUUCUCAUGGUGUCGCUCGUGUUUACCUUCCUGGGCCGCUACGUCGGAGAUCUCCUGCUGCAGUACUCGACCGACCGUUACGGCUGGAGCUGGAGCCUCGCCUCCAUGGUCCUAACGGUCCGCAACGCCGGAAGCCUGGUGACGUUGCUGGUGCUGCUGCCCGUGGCGAGCUGGUUUUGUGUUCGACGGCUGGGCAUGGAGGACAUGGCCAAGGACCUUCGGCUGGCGCGAUGGUCAGGCCUCAUUUUGGUUUUGGCUUGUCUGGUCAUCGCUGCCGCUGUCAACGGUGGCAUCUACUCGGUCGGGCUGGUCUUAUUCGCCCUGGGUUCGGGUAUGGCCUCCAUGAUCCGGUCGCUGCUCAACGCACUGGUCGAGGAGCACCAUGUUGGCACUGUCAAUUCCCUCAUUGGUUUCAUGGAAAUGGUUGGCAUGACCAUCGCCGGCCCGUUGCUGGCAAAAAGUCUCAGUGUUGGGCUGGGCCUAGGAGGGGCCUGGGUCGGCCUUCCGUUUUUUGCUGCCGGGUGGUUGUUUGUCAUCGGGACGACGAUAUUAUACAUUUUCAAGCUACCAAAUGAACGGCACUCACCGGUUGAGCCUCCGUGUUGA